AUGUCUAUCAAUCCAGUCGCUGAUGUUAAGCCUUUCAAAACAAUGUGGAAGAUCAAGGUCAAAGUCAUCCGGUUGUGGAAACAAUACUCAGCUGCUGGAGGUGAAACUAUUGAAAUGGUUCUUUGCGAUGUUAAGGGUGCUAAGAUUCAUGCAUCGGUGAAAAGGGAGUUGGUUGCACAAUUCGAUCACUUCCUAAGACAAGGACAUUCUUUGAUGUUGAUCAAUUUUGUUGUCACGCAUGCCUGUGGUUCCUACAGAACCACUAAUCAUGCUUACCGGAUUAGCUUCCUGUCCACAACACGUGUACGACCAUGUGAGCAACUGCCUGAGGAUUUAUCAGGUUUUGAGCCAGUGAAGUUCAAAGAAGUACUAGAUGGUACUCUUUCAGCCGAUUUCUUGGUUGAUAUAAUCGGGCAGAUUAUUGAAAUCAGUCAUCUUGAACAUCUAAAUGUCAAUGGGAAAGAAACAGAGAAGAUUUCUUUACAGUUGCGCAAUUCGGACGAUGAUAAACUUCCGGUUGUUCUUUGGGGUAAAUUCGCCUGUGAUGUUAAUGAGGCGAUGCAGGUUCGAGAUGAGCAUUGUACCAUUUUGGUUUUACGAUUUGGGAAAAUCAAAGAGUGGAAGGAAGAAAGAAGUGUCAGCAAUGCCUACAAUGUGAGUGAAUUAGGUUUGAAUCUUCCAAUGAUUGAAGUUGUAAAGUUCACUGAUAGUUUGCCUAAAGAUGACCUUCCUUUAGCCAUCGUGGAGUCUAAGUACGCGGCUAUUGCGAAUGGUGUUUCGGAUAAAGAUGAUUUCUUUACCCAUACACCAAGAAAAACCAUUGCUCAAAUGAAGGAAACAAAACAGGUUGAAAAGUGUAUUCUGAUGUGCACCAUUACUGGCAUUGAUUCUGAUAUGGGGUGGUUUUAUCUGAGCUGCAAAGUGUGCUCUAAAAAAGUCUUGACCGUUCCAGCUGUCAAUGACGAUGACGGUAAUGACGAUGAUGAUCUGAAGCACACAUAUUAUUGUGUAAAGUGUGAGGCUUACAAUCCUGUCACAGUUCCAAGGUAUAAAUUGCAUUUAGUGGUGCUUGAUAACACAAGCAACACAAAGCUCAUGGUGUUCGAUAAUCUUGCUGUGCAACUGGUCAACAAGCCAUGCUUGCAGAUUGCUGGUCCUUCAGAUAAAGUCGAGAUUGAGGAAACCAAUGUGCUUCCUCCGGUUCUUAACACCAUCAUUGGCAAAACGUGCUUAUUUAAAAUUCAAAUCGAAAGGGAGAACUUUGUCUACAAACAUGAUACCUACAAGGUUUUGAAGGUGAUCACUAACAAAGAUUUGAUCACAGAUUUUGACGAAAGCAACUCUCGAGAUGGAAGCGAAGGUGUAUUUCAUGAUAUGGAUACUCAAUCCGAUGCACCAGAGGCCUCUCUUGCUAAUCUAGGUUCAGCUUCUGAGCAGUCUGAGUCUUUCGAUCUUACUCCUGCUAAACGUGUUAGAGCAGUCGAUAUUGAAUUGGAAGAAAUCAAUGACCAGAAUUCUGUUACGAGGAGUACCGGUUCCAUGAUGAUUAAGAAGGAGAAGUUUGGUAAAAGUGGCUGA